CCUAAGCCAAAUUUGGUCAGUCACCAAUAAGGAAGAGAAGGAAGAUUUCUUAACAGAAACUUUAAUCUUGUAACGCAUUUAAAGCUUUGUUUUUAGGGAACUUCUCUAAAAUAAGCUAUGCGUCUUUUAUUCCUAACUAUACUGGCCGUGUCAGCGGUCCUCCGUUACGGCUCAUGCUCGCCAAACAGGAAAUUGAGCUCCCAAAGUAUGCUGGGAAGAGCUUUACUACGCAGAGCACUGGAAGCGAUGUCAAAUAGUCCACGAACACACAUCAAGAGACGGUCUUUAGACGAAGAAGAUGUAAGCGGCGAUAAUAUCAAGCAAACUGACGCGGUAGAGGACAUCUCUGUUGGAUCAGGGUCUCAUUCGGAAGAAAGUGGAGACAGUUCCGGUACGAGAAGCAGCGAGAUCAAUGAAGACCAGUCAGGCUCUGAGGAACAGUCUGAUAUAAGUGGAAAUAGCGCUGGAUCAAGCGGAGAUGGAGGAGCACACACUGACGAACAGACGCAGGGCACAAGGAGGGACAUAGUCGAAGCGUCUGGUCAGGGAGAAGCGGAGAAUACAGAAAAGAAGACAUUAGACCAACAAGAAGACAACGGUGUCAGCUCUGGUAGCGACACAGUCGAAGCUUCUGGUCAGAAAGAACCAGAGGAGACAGAAGACCAACAAGAAGUCAACAGUGUCAGCUCUGGUAGCGACACAGUAGAGGCUGCAAGUGAUACUCAGACUUCAUCACCAGCAAGUGGUUCGUCUGGGGCCCCACCCAGCGAUGAUGCUGAAUCSGGCAUCGGCGAAUCAGCACAAGAAACGAAUAGCAACAGUGACCAAACAUCUCCAGCUGAAAGUACAACUGUACAAGUUGCCGACAGUGACAAACAAACAGAACAAGAACCAAAGAAGAAUGCCAGUGAUGAAGAAGUGAGCACCAAGAAAUCUACGAUUGCUAAAGUACAGCCUUCCGCUUUAGUAGCAGUGAAAGAAGACACUGAAACUUCGGCUUCGUCUGGAGAAAGUGACGAGGUGACAUCAGGUAUUGAAACGUCGUCAGGUGAAGCGUCUGGCGCUGAAGAUGAUGGUAGUGCCGAGGCAAUACGCAAGGGAAUGGAAAGUUUGAGCAAACUUCUCAARCCAGUCGCAAAUGGGCUGGAUUUCCAGCUGUUUAGCGGAGCUGCGAAGCCAGAGGAUGAAGAUGAAGACGAAGAAGAAAAGCCUAUAAGCAAGGCAGAAGGCAAAGGAGAAAGCGACAAAGCCGAAGAAGAAAAACCACGAGUCGUUAAAGUGAAGAAAUGUGAAACUAAGUGUGCUUUGCCAAUGACUUACGACCAGUGUGCUGUACCGAGAUGUGAUUAUAAGAUGGGCACCAUUAAGGAUCUUUGCUUAUAUCUGUGUAAACAUCAAAAACCAGUCUGCAAACAAGAAUGCAGGGUGGUCGAGUAAAUUGACGACUAGAAGGACAGACAGACACUUCCUUAUCAAGACAGRACAUCAAGACUAAAUUCGUGUCAUUUUUAUUGCAGAAUUAAAUGCCGCAUUAAUCCUUAACUGAACAAGCCUCAGAGGAAAACUAACUUCAAAUCUACCUUGGAAAUUUUAUUCAAGAAAAACUAGAUGUUAAAACUAAAGUAAACAGGUUAAAACAGGUUUUGCAAAAAGAAUUUCUUUUGCAGAAACGUACAGUGGGCAUUUGGGACGCCUUCAACAGAUAAACUUGUCACAUGAUAGUCACGUGCCCAACUUAUCACAACUUGUCUUUUUAAUACGUGACGGUUUCGUGGCUUUCUUGAUAUUUGAGUCACGUGCCUUCACGUUAUUUUGAUUCAGUUCUGUCGGUGGGACACUUGUAAUCAAAAUAUCUACUGUACUGCAGCCGUAAGCUGAAAUCAAUUUAACCUUUAUUUGCUCCCCGAUAUAAAAAUAUCUUAAAUUCUUAUUUUUUGAAACUURUUUUAGCUGCAUAUCCUUUUAUAAAACCUCCACAAUCAUAUCAAUCUUGAUCGAACUCGACAAUAUUUGUUGGAGAGACCAAAUUCCUUACAAGGGUGGUGAGGGGUACAAACUACCUCCCGCUGGGGUAGUGAGUGAUUCCAUUAUCCCCCUUCUUGGGUGGAGAAAGCGAUUUUAAUAUUGCUUUACGUAGUGAUGUUUAAAAAUACUUACAAGUAUCAAACAUUGAUUUCUUCCAAAGUCUCAACUGAGGUAUUUAUGACCAACGGUUUAUACCAUUAGUAUGACGAUGGUCAUGUGACCACGAUCACGUGAUAAGUGAUGGAGUGUAACACUUGAACGUACAUGACUACAUGAGUCAGUGAAAUCCAAUAAAGAUUUAAAAAAGCUA